AUGGUUUGGCUGCCAUGGUUUGUUCCCUUACCCUGCAAACAUGGGUACGUGGACAGCCAGUUUGUAGAGGAAAUGGCCUUUCCAGUGGCCAUUGCCCACUUCAUCCCACUUCAGUUGCAGGGAGUGGACAGCCCCUGGAUGUGGCACAGCGUGACACCACACAACACUGCAGCCCCUGCAGGAUGUCCAGCACUCUUCCGUGAGGAGUGCGUGCCUUUCGGCCUUCCCAUCACCAAGGAUUUGAGGAAGCUGCGCGAAGACCUCACACGCGUGGUGCUGGUGGAUAACUCUGCGAAAUCCUUCUGGUUGCAACCAGAGAAUGGGCUGCUGGUGUGCGACUGGGACGGUACCAAUGCCUCCGAUCAGGAGCUCGAUCGAGUGAAAGACAACUUGCUUCAGCUCCUUGACAUGGAUGAUGUCCGUCCCGCCCUCCGGAGAAAACCUCCGGACGCACCUGGUGAUGCCGUCGACCUGCGGCUGGUCAUCAUUGCAGUUGCUUUGGGAUGUUGGCUAGUGAGCCAAUCUCAGUAA